AAUGGGCAAAGAAAAACAUAAAAUACGAUUAUCAGUUUUAUUCGAAUUGUUCAAGUGUAAAGAUGAUAUUUCGACUUGUUUGUGUUUAUUGUAUUAUUUUCUCAAGUUUAUUUGUAUCGGAGAUUUGGACAAGCCGGAUAUAUGGAUCCUUUAAAGAUGCGAGGUAUCCCGGAAAUUGUGUCAUUGAUGCUGAAACAAUUUUACCUGAAAUGGCAUCAAUGAAAGAUCCAUUUGUUCAGUGUGGUCUUAUAAUUUGUGGUAAAAAUUCUAUUGUGGAAUUAAAAAGUUGUCCUUUGCAAACUGUGCCGCCUAAUUGCAAAUUAGCUCAUCUACUGGAUCCUUCUCUACAAUAUCCUCAAUGUUGUGAAAGAGAAAUUGAAUGUUGGAAUUAUAAUCAUAUUUUGUAAAGUUGUUAAGUGAAUAGAUUUUUUGAAAUAAUAAAAAUAAAUAUUGGUAGAA